UGUGCAUCACGCUGUGGAGUAUUUAUUCGUCAGUGCGUCAGACAGUGUAACAAAAAGCGAGGGCCGUUGCACGUUUGUGGAAGAGUUUUUAAGCAACACUUCUAUUUUCCAAAUUUCAACGCAAUGUUCGUGGACACCAUUAUAUUGGCAGGUUUGGCCGUUCUAGUCGCAGCGCAACCUGAGGCGCCGGUACCCCUGAAACCCCCCGGGCCCCAGAUACCCCAGGUACCCCAGGUACCUCAGGUACCUAAGGUACCCCCAAGAACUACGGCAACCAAGGCCCCGCCGGGACCCCCGCGGGAUACGAACCCCGAUUGUGCUGCAUUGAGGGAAAAGGUGCCCGGACACCUUUACCACAACUGUACCUUCAUCUGUGAGGGAGAUCAAGACUUUGUCUUGAGGGACGGCCAAUCGUGUUUUGUUGCAGACCCGCUCGAUGAGAUGCCAGUAAGAGGAGGAGUAAGAACCGUCACCGGGGACAUGGGAACCUGUAAAGACGGAAAGUGCGUCCUUCUACAGAGCGUGAACCCACCAGCAAUGCCUGAAACACCAAGGCCAAGACCGCCAAGCGACGUUAGCCCUGAUUGUCAUCGUCCAAAUACCACCGAUUACGUUUUUGAAAAGUGCUCGUUUGUUUGUGAAGGAGAUCAAGACUUCACCAUGUACAAUAAGGAACUGUGCAUACUUCCCGGGCAAUCUUCAUCUGGCGGAACAUCUUCAGUAGAGGGCAGUGUGGCUGCUUUCGUUACGGGAGUUUGCGUAGACGGAAAAUGCGUUCUCGAGGACACCUUGGCUCCACCGCAAAAGCCUGUGCAGCCAGCGCCGCCAAGUGACACCAACCCGGAUUGUGCUGCUACCAAGAUCAAGCUGGCCAAUCAUCUUUACCACAACUGUACAUUUGCUUGCGAAGGAGACGAAGAAAUAUCAUUGAACAAUAAAGAAUCCUGUAUACUUCGAGGAGCGUCUCAAUCAGCCUCAAGAAAUCAAGUAACGAGAAUUCAGGGUACUGUAGACAGGGGAUUCUGCAAAGGCGGAAGAUGUGUUUCCCAGAACGACAAGACACCUCCUGGAAAACCUGCGCCACCACGUGACACUAAUCCAGAUUGCAAUGCUUGGAAGACGAAUCAACGCAAUUAUCUUUAUCAUAACUGUACGUUUAUCUGCGAAGGAGACGAAGAAGUACUGCUGAAGAAUCGGCAAUCUUGUGUCCUUCAAGCAACACCACAAUCGCCUAGGAGAAAUGGCGUAAAUGGAGCUCUUGGUAGUGUAGACAUGGGUGUCUGCCUAGCCGGUAGAUGUGUUCAACCAAACGAAAUAACGCCGCAAAUGCCAAAGUUUCCAUUGCCCGGACCACCAAGUGACAUUAACCCGGAUUGUUAUCGUCCCAGUUCUACCGAAUACAUUUUUCAGAACUGUUCAUUUAUUUGUGAAAAGGACGAAGCAUUUCGUUUGAACAAUAGUGAGAAGUGCACACUUCAAGGCCAGUCCCCAACCGCAAUUUCAACUUCAUCACAAGGAGGCACGGCCGCUUUUGUUACGGGAGUAUGUAAAGAGGGAAAAUGUGUUCUUCCCGGCGGGGCUCCACCUCAAAAAACUGCAAGGCCAGAACCACCCCGUGAAACGAACCCGGAUUGCAAAUCUUGGAGGAACAACCUGAGUAAAUACCGAUAUCGCAGUUGCACUUUCGUAUGCGGAGAAGAUGAAGAGGUAUCCUUGAAGAACAAUGAAAGAUGUAUUCUUCCAGAUGUGCAAUCUCCAUCCAUCCCCAAAAGAUCCACGAAAAGAGACAAAGCCCCUAAAGGUGUCUGCAACGAUGGAAAGUGCGUUCCCAAAAGGAAGAAGACAACGCCGAGCAUAGUUAAGUCUACAAUACCACCUCCUCCGUGGGAUCGUAACCCUGAUUGUAACGCUACGAUGGCAAAGGUCAAGGGCUACGUUUACCACAACUGUACGUUUGACUGUGAAAAAGACGAAGAAAUAUUAUUGAAAGACAAAGAACCGUGUAUACUUCAACAAGGCCAAGUUAAACCACCCGUUCCGAGUCUGACACAACAAACAAGUUGGCCUAAAGGUGUCUGCCAAGAUGGAGUAUGCGUUCCUCAAGGCACGAAGAAGAGCUAGGCUCCAUCACCAAUAAGCAAGGCGGAAUGUAUUUUGGCGCCCCCUUUGAUUUAACAAAUAAAGGUUAGCAGAGUGCUUU